CCCGUGGCAUCUGGUGACUGGCGCGUUACGCAUAUCCGCGCGGUCUGCUACGCAAGCGGCCGCUGUGCUCGUGUUAUUUCAGCGGGUGCGCGGCUCUCAUCCUGUUGGUCAGCGCGCAGGCCACUAUGGAGCGCAAGAGGGAUGCCUGGCACAGAACAAACGCAGAAAGAAAAAAACGUACGCCACAGAAUGACGGAUGACAGGGGCACUAUGUCAAUGCUGCACAUCCUCGAGGAGCCUCGGAUGCGAGGCGAAGGGGAGAGGCUCCGCACUUUCCAAAACUGGCCCGCCGACGCACCGGUCACCUCCGAGGACCUGGCCAAGGCGGGCUUCUUCUUCCUGGGCCCCGAGGAUAAGGUUCAGUGUUUCUGUUGCGGAGGGGUGCUGCGAUAUUGGGUCCAUGGGGACAGCCCGACCGUUGAGCACAAGAGGCAUUUCCCCACCUGUAACUUCAUGUUGGGGAGGGCCGUGGGGAACAUCCCGCGCUGCGUCGCGCCCGGAUCCUCGGACUCGGUGGACGGCCAGCUGUUGAGCCAGCUCCAAAGGAUGACCGUGGACGAGCAGGGGGCGGCCGGACAGGCGGUCUACCCCGAGAUGGAGGCGGAGGAUUCCCGGCUGACCACGUUCCACAACUGGCCCACCGGAGCCUCGGUUCAACCGGACGUUCUGGCCAGGGCAGGGUUUUUCUACACAGGCCAUGGUGACAAUGUCAAAUGCUUCUACUGCGACGGAGGGCUGAGGAACUGGGAGCCGGGGGACGACCCCUGGCAGGAGCAUGCCAAGUGGUUCCCACGGUGUGAGUUUCUGAUCCAGUCGAGGGGGCAGGAGUACAUCAACAACAUCCAGGAUGCUCACUUCCACCUUGGCGAGACUGUGGGUGGAUCACAGACACCCAUGUCCAGAGAGAUCAACCCGGGAACCGAUGUGGUGGGAGGUCUUGAGGCUUCCUCUGCCAUGCUCUCUCCUGUCGUGCAGACAGUGUUGCAGAUGGGCUUCGAGACUAGCCUAGUGGAGAGCCUAGUCCAGACCAAGUACCUUUUGACUGGGUUGUACUACACCUCCGUGUCCGACCUGGUCACUGACGUAUUGCAGGCGGAGGAGGAGGAUAGACAGAGAGGGCCACAGAGCAGAGAGCCAGAGGUGAGGCAGGGCCCCAGCGCUGGAAAUGUGAGGACACCCAUAAGAGAGAAAGCAGUGGGGGACCCCAGUCCGGAGGAACUGCUGAGACAGCUGCAGGAGGAGAGGACCUGUAAGGUGUGUAUGGACAAGCUAGUGUCCAUUGUCUUCAUUCCUUGCGGUCAUCUGGUGGUGUGUAGCGAUUGCGCUGCCAGCUUACGCCACUGCCCCAUCUGCAGAGCCGUCAUCCGGGGCAGCGUCCGUGCCUUCAUGUCCUGAGAGUGUAGCGUGCAGCGUGAACACGAAGCGUUAACACGAGUGGCCUUAAGCCUUCCCUUAAAAAACCACAAAAAAAAACCCCACAAAAAAACAAACGGAUUUUGCUCCCCACACUGGUUAAAUGCAUUACUUUCUUGGCUUUUGCUGAUAUUGUAAGAGUUCAUGUACAUUUUUUUCUACAAUAAACAUUUUUAA